AAACCGAAGCUCUCCUUUUCCUUUUACUCACUAACUUUUAGCUCUCACAACAAUCUCACACUCUCACAACUUUCUAUAUCCUUAUAUCUCUCUCUCUAUCUCUCUCUUACUUUCUUUCUUUUUUCUCCUUCUUUUCAUUAUCAGAGCUGAAACUACUUAUCUUCUCUGGAUUCAGCAGCUACAGGUCCCCACCAGGGUUUGCCUGUGUGUGUGUGUGUGUGUGUGUGUGCGCGCGUGUCUAUAAGUGUGUAAAAGGGGGCGUGUGUGUCCUCAUACUUAAAUAUGUGAACACAACGUGGAGCGAUCUGUGCUGAUUCCUCGCGCAUCAGUGAUGUAAUUUGGGACCACGUCUUGGCACAGGGGAUGUGUUUUGAAGUGGAACUCUUCUGGAUUAAGAUGAAGAUGCUGCUGCUGCUGUCAGGGUGCGCUCUUUUCUGCCUCCUCCAGUUCGGAGCAGGAAUUGCAGGUGGUAUGGCGCUGCAGUGCUCCGUGUCUCCUGUGGGGGCGCUGCAUCCUGUGCAGGCUCAGCUGGAGCGGUUUGGGGCGGGGCCAGGCUGCGCUGCCAGAGAGAGCGGAGCUAAAGAGACACACGUGAUCGGCCUGGGAGGAGCCAGUUCCAGCCCAGAUAAACGGGUGACUGUAGUGUUAAGGCCUUUGUCAUACUCUCACCCAGUCAGUCGUUCAAUCAUCCUGGUUUUGAGUUCCCAGCAUGAAGUAAACUGGGUUCUGGAGAGUGAGGGGCUGCCAGAGUCGCUACGUGUGAUGGUGCAGGUGUCCUCAAACUCCUCUGUGGAGUUUGGCAGGGUGCCAGCGCGAGCCCACUCCGUGCCCACGCUGCCCUGGCACGCCCGAGCUCUACUGCAGUGGACCCUUCAGCGCCACUCCACCAUCACAUCCCUCACCCACUCCACCCGCGCCAACCGCGUAUACCUCCGCCUCGGAGAGGAUCCCAGCAUGCCGAGGGUCUGUCACCUGCAGUCUCUCUUCCUGUCUCAUAACUACCUGACUUCUGAGCUGCAGCCACAGGAGGCUAAUGGCUGCACUCCAUCAGCAGACGGGUCCGAUCCGGAAGUGCACGUCAUUAAGCUGUGGUCAGCUGGCUCUGGUCUGUGUGGCUCGUUGCAGGUGGAGGUGUCCCUCUCCCUGCUGCCUGCUGUGCCGGGUGCAGGGUGGCAUAACCUGGUGUUGGUGCUGAGCAGCGUGGCUCCAGUCAAUUUUGCAAUGGUGACCCCCGGCCUGCGCGGCCACAUCACCGUCCUCUCUUCCCAUAGUGUGACCCCUCUCUAUCCUCCUAAACCCGACCUCACCAUGACCACCACUUUCGUACCGGACCUCCUUUCGCACCCUGACCUGCUGACCUGGGCCAAUCAGAACCACUACCCCGCUGUGACAUCAUACACAGAAGCUAACCUGGCCAACCGCUUCGUGAUCAGGCUGAGAGGCAGCGGGACGGCUCAGGCGACGCUGGAGGCAAAGGAGGCGGAGACGAUGCUGAGGCAGUGGCUCUCUCGUGAGGACAGCAACGGUACAGAAGGCAACCAGGAGGCCAUCAGUGCUCAGUGUCUCGAGGGACGCCUCACUGUGUCCGUGAAUAAACACGUUUUACAGGCCCUGUCUCUCUCGGUGUCGGCAGUUACUCUGCAAGACCCAUCAUGCCAGGCACAGACCAACGGGAGCCAUUUCCUGUUGGCGUUUCCAGUAAUUUCCUGUGGGACAGAGGGAGUGAUCGAGCGAGAGGGCAGAGAAAUGCAUUACAAAAACACGGUGCUGCUAUGGAAACAUAAGCCUUUGAUGAGCCUGUCCAAUCAGACAAGAUGGAAAAUGACUGAAGAGAUGACUCCACUGGUUAUACAUUUCAGCUGUGCAGCUUCAUUUCCCACUCCUCCCAGUGUUCCCACUCCUCCUAGCGUUCCUCAGCUCAGCUCCUACAGGCCGGCAGGUACGCUGGGGCGCAGUGCUGCUACAGAGCCGCUGUGGUUCAUCUCUCCGUACGGUGUUCCUCUGCUCUCCAUGCAGCUGUUCGCCACCCAGGCGUUUGAGCAGAGAGCCGCGGGGCCGUGUGUUAUCACCUCCAACAGCCGAGUUUACGCCGAGAUCUCUGGCAGCACUUCUCUCCGUGGGCGGUUAGAGCUCAGCUCCUGUGUGGUCUCUCCUCUCUCGGACCCCCGCUCUCACCCCGGCUGGCCGGUCGUCCAAGACUUCUGCCCUGCUGACCCGUCCUUCCAUCUGGAGAAGCGUACGAGAGAGGAGCGUGGAAGUAAAGAGCAGGAGGAAGAGGAGGAGGAGGAGGAAGAAGAAGAGACAGAUGAGGGAGAAAGAGAUGAAGGAGAGAGAGAGGAGGAAGAAGAAGCUGAAGAGGGAGAGGAGGGUGGAAAAAGAGAGGGCUCGAGUCAAGUUGGAGUAGGAGCCAAAAAGAUGGACGGGGAAAAGAGGAAGGUGAGAGGUGAAUCAUUGAAAAGAAAGACUGCAGUGCAGAAAUCUGAAGCCGCCGGAGCAGUGGAGGAGAGAGAGAGAGGAAUGGGAGGAGAGAUUGUUAAAAAAAGAAGAAAGAGAGAACCCUGGCUACGGUUCAGCUUCAUCCUUCGGCCAGUGUUUAACAACUCCAUCCAGUUCCUGCACUGCAGUCUGCAGCUGUGUGGAGGCGGACCCCCGCUGACCACAGCAAGGAGGCAGUGCAUGCGGGGGCCAUCAAUACCUGCUCUCAUAAAAACACCUGCUGGACAACAGUGUGAGUAUAGAAACCUUUUGAGGCCAGUGCUGGUCACCUAUUCCCCCACUGUUGGCCUGGCUGGUCUACUGCCGCCCCCUGCAGGUCAGCUUGCUCAAAAACCUGCAGUCAGUGAAACAGAGAUGUCACGGCACAGCUCUUCUGAGAGUGGUGCAAGUACCGGCUCUAUUUUGGUGAUCGUGUUCGCUGCAUUUCUAUUGGGCAUCAGUCUGAUGGGGGCACUGUGGUGCAUCUACACCUGCACAGGGAAAUCCACAGCCGUGCAAAGAAACCUUUUUCCUGAGACCGCUGAACAAAGCCCCUGCUCCUGGAACCCCAUAGCUGAACUGGAACAGACCAGCAGCUCAGUGUAGAGAGGAGAUGGACACACGGACAGGAAGAUGUGUUUGCGUGAGAGUGUUCAUGGGUGUGAUUUUUUUACUGACAACAAUUCAGACAAAAACCCACAUGAGAUAAACCAUAACCCCAUGAGCUAUUGCCCUUUUUAACCUGGUCUGAUUAAUGUGCCUCUCUCUCUUUGGAGCUCACACACGCCUUACACCAAGACUGAGACCACUUCUUACACACGGCCGCUCAAGCUGAGCCCUCAGUGGAUCUGCUUGAGGCCUGCAUUGGACUAGUAUCUGACCAGCGCUGGGCUUUAGAUGAGUCCUAAGUGUCAUUGUGCUGCUUUGUGUUGUUUCAGGCAGUCAGACUGAGCUGAGAAUAAAAUAAAAUAUGUCGCUAAACAGAGAGAUAAACGACUGGUGCUCUGCAGUGAUUGAUUUGUGUGUUUUGUGACUGUGACUAAUGUGCUUCAGUGUUUUCGCUCAUCCUUUAGCGCUGAAGCUACGUUCAAAUAAAUCUGUAAC